ACGAGCUCCUGUCACCAUCAGGGACCAUAAGAUGCAGAUGUCCCACACACACAUGCAGCGUCUCUUCAUCAUGUUUCUGGUGGUCUUUCCAACAGGACUUUGUGAACAGAACCAGAGUCGCAGGUCCGUCACCGAGCACCAGCUCAUGCAUGACCGUGGACGUAACAUCCAGAGCCUCAAGAGACUCAUCUGGCUGUCCAGCGCCAUUGAGGAUCUCCACACCGCCCAGAUCCGCUCGGCUGCCUUCAGCCCCAGAAAAGCCCUAAACUUGGCUCUGGAUCCAGACCUGGUGCCGGCUGCCACCAAGGACCCCCAACCCGCUCAAGUGCAGAAACUUCUGAGAGACUUCUUAACUAUUCCUCACUUGUUAGAGCGAGAGUCCUGAACACACACCGACAUGAAGACACACCUCAAACAUGACAACAUACAUACAUGUAAAUAACAACACACGCAUACUGUGUACUGUACCGCCAAAGUGGAACAUUGUUUGUUGGCAAGCUUGUCUCGUGGUUUCGAUGCUAGUCAUUAGUCAUUAUGUUGAACGCUUCAUGCUAUCGACGUUAGCAUCUAAUUGGUCAAAUUCAUUUUUGUACUUAAUUAAUAUUUUAAAACUUGUAGUGAUUGUAAUGUACUGAGCAGCUAGACAGUUUCCUAUGUCACAGUCAGGUCCAUAUCUGUUUCUGUGGUUAUCAUCACACUUUUCAGUUUUGCUAUCACUGGUACCCUUCUGUGGUAGCAUCAUAUGAAAGCCAAACAAAAAGAAAACACAAGUUCAUUCUUUAGAUGCUCACAGAGCUGACGUGAUGAUGAUGAUGAGCUCCAAGUUCCUACCACUUUUGCAGGUCCCACUA